AUGAUCUAUGAUACUUUACAAAAUGUGGCUAAAGCAUGGUCUAUGGUAUCAUUUCAAACAAUAUCAAACUUCUGGAAAAAAACAGGUAUUCUUUUACUAAAUAAUGAAAUUGACGAAAUUUUUGAUAAUUAUAAUUCAGUAAUUUCUGAUAGUCUUGAUAUAGAAAUUGAUAAGCUUACUAUAUUAAUUUUUCAGCUUCUAAAAAGUGAUCUCAAUGCACAUGAAUAUCUUCAUUUAGAGGAUGAGAUGCCAAAAGGUGGACUUACAGAUCAUGAAAUAAUUGAUACUAUUUUAAAUGAAAAGGAGUAUAUGAUAGAUGAAGAUGAAUUUAUAUCUAUAUUGAAAAAAGUUAGUUUGAUAAAAGCAGAAAAUGCUGCAAAUAAGAUGAUAAGAUUUUUAUAUGAGCAAGAACCAGAGUUUGAUGAAGUAAACAAAGAAUUGAAAGUUUUAAAGAGAUUGCAUAA